GCGCUGCGGGCAGCCCUGCGAGCCGCCCCCGAGGCGCUGGCCCACGCCGCCAACUUCCUCAACAUGCUCUUCCAGACCAACGAUAUCCGCGAGGCCAGCGUGGCCGAGGACGUGGAGUGGUACCAGGCGCUGGUCCGCAGCCUGGCCGAGGGGCACCCGUGGGUGCGCAGGGCGGUGCUGGCCCUCGACGCCCACCCGCUGGCCCCCAAGCCCCGGCUGAUGCUGCAGGCCACCAAGGGGGACGGCCAGAUCCUGCUGCAGGACGUCUCCAACGCCGCUCCCAGCCUGGGCAACCUCAGCUGGGACAACGAGUGGUUCAACGCCCUCAAGUCGCAGCGGGUCCCGGCGCUCCGCAAGCGGGUGCUCAGCAAUGACCUGCGCAGCCUGGAGACCCCCAAGUGGCAGCGGGGGGACAGCUACGUGGGGGAGCCGGGCCACGUGCGAUGGUCGCCGCCGUUCCUGGAGUGCCGGGAGGGCCGGUUCCUGCCCACCUGGGCGGUCACUCUCUCCUCCGCCUUCUACGGGCUCAAGCCGGACCUCAGCCCCGAGUUCAAAGGGGUCGUGCGGGUGGACGUGGAGCUGCGGGACGUGGCCAUUGACCAGUGCUCCAGCGGGCCCGGCUGGUUCUCGGACACGCAUCGCUGUGACCUCAACAGCACCCAGUGUGUCCCCCAGGAGAGCCGCGGCUUCGUCCUCGGGAGGUACCUGUGCAGGUGCAAGCCGGGCUUUUAUGGGGCCAGCGGAGUGGCCAGCGGUGCCUGGGCAGGUGUGGCGGGGACGGACGGGGGGUCCCGGCUGGGGUGCCGGCCGUGCCGCCCGGGCUGUGCCACCUGCGAGGACGACACGCCCUGCCUGAUCCAGGAGGACCCGGUGCUGCGGGCAGCGGUGCUGUCGUGCCAGGCCUGCUGCAUGCUGGCCAUCUUCCUCAGCAUGCUCGUGUCCUACCACUUCCGACGGAGCAAGAGGAUCCGGACAUCAGGGAUCAUCCUGCUGGAGACCAUCCUCUUCGGAUCCCUCCUCCUCUACUUCCCCGUGUUCAUCCUGUACUUCAAGCCAAGCAUCUUCCGCUGCAUUGUCCUGCGCUGGGUACGGAUGCUCGGCUUCGCCAUCGUCUAUGGCACCAUCACCCUCAAGCUCUACAGGGUGCUGAAGGUGUUCCUGUCCCGCACGGCCCAGCGCGCGCCCUACGUGUCGAGCGGGCGGGUGCUGAAGAUGCUGGCGCCCAUCCUGCUCCUGGUGCUGUGGUUCCUGGCAGCCUGGACCAUCGGGAUGCUGGAGAACACCCACAAGAACAUCCCACUGGUCAUCCGCGCCCAGACCGCCCGCGGCCUCCACUUCUCCAUCUGCGGCCACGACUGCUGGGAUUACAUGAUGGUCAUGGCCGAGAUGCUGUUCCUGCUGUGGGGCAGCUUCCUGUGCUACGCCACGCGCGCCGUGCCCUCGGCCUUCCACGAGCCCCGCUACAUGGGCAUCGCCCUCCACAACGAGCUCGUGAUCUCCGCCGCCUUCCACGUGGUCAGGUUCUUGAUUGUCCCCUCGCUGCAUCCGGACUGGACUCUGCUGCUCUUCUUCGCUCACACCCACGGCACCGUCACCAUGACCCUGGCCCUGCUCUUCAUUCCCAAGUUCCUGCACACGGGCUCGCCGCUGCGGGAGGAGAUCACGGCCGAGGUGUACGAGGACGAGCUGGACAUGAGGCGCUCGGGCUCCUGCAUGAACAGCAGCAUCGCGUCCGCCUGGAGCGAGCACAGUCUCGACCCCGAUGACAUUCGGGAGGAGCUGAAGAAGCUUUACCGGCAGCUGGAGGUGCACAAGACGUGGCGGAUGGCGGCCAACAACCCGCACCUGCCCAAGAAGCGCAGCUCCCGCCGCAGCCUCGCCCGCUCCAUCCUGCGCCGCAGCGGUGCCGAGCCGGCCGAGAGCGCGUCCCGCCGCAGCAGCGCCGGGGACCGGCCGGGGACCCUGUCCCGCCGCAGCUCCUCGGCCAAGCGGCUCGUGGAUGCCGGCGGGACCAGCCUGAGGAUGCGGGACGAAACCUCCCGGCGCCGCUCCUCAGCCCUGCUCAAGUCCCGCAGCUCCGAGGGGCCCCCCCGGGACCCCCGCCGUGGGUCGCCCACCCCCAGCCCGCCCGAGGAGCCUCCUCCGGUGGUGACGGACUUGGAGCAAUCCGACAGCGACUCGCUGGAUGCCGCCCCGCUCCUGUGCAAAUCCGCCAGCGCCCAAAACCUGGCGGGGCCCUGGCAGCGACCCCCGGGCCGCGCUCCGCCCUUGCAGAAGUCCCACAGCGUGGUCGCCGGGGCGCGGGAAGCGGCGCUGCUGGCCGCCCGCACGGCCGCCCGCGACGAGUGGCACGGCAGCCGCCAGCUCUCCGCGCCCGCCCCGGGGGUCUCCAAGGCCACCGCGACACUCCGGGGACCCGCCGAGAGGGGCUGCCAGGAGGACACGGCCCCGCUGGGCGAUGCCAAGGUGCACAAACACGUCACCUACGCGCCCAUCAAGAGCGUCAGCGUGGACAGCGCGCACCCGCCCAGGAGGGUGCGGGUGACCGUGAAGAAGACGCCCCCUCCGCCCCCCGUCCGCUACCAGAGCCUGCAGCGCUCGGGGACGCUCGGGGACGGCCCGGAGCCACCGGCAGGCUGCUGACCCCGACCGCCACCCCCGGCACAGAUCUGUCCCUGGGAGCUGGUCCAGGACGAGAUCCUGAGCAGGAAACAAAAAGCAGCCGAAGCAGCAGGCUCAGGGACCCCCAGUGACACAGCGGCCACCACCCCCGGCCCCAAGCCGGCCCCCCAGAAAAGUUUCCGGAGCCUGGGACUCGCCAUCAAAGCCCUUAAUCGGUCCAGGGGGAAGAGCAGCCUGAAAGGGAACAGGGAGAGGGAAGGGAGCCUCUGGAAGAGGGGGAGCAGCAGGAGGGACAAGUCCGGCCUGGCAGAGGCCUCGGCCGGGUCCCUCGGGCUGGUCAGCCCAGACCCCGCUGCCAAAAGCCCCGAGGGGAGCGGGCAGAGCCUCGAGCCCCCCGCCCUCCAGCACAACAACAACGCCGCCACUCCCGUGGAAGCCACGGACUGGGGGGACAGCGGGACAGGAGGACAAUGGGACAGCCGGGCCCCGGGGACAGGCGAUGGGGACAAAGCGGCAGAGGAGCCCAGCGCUGCCCGGAGGGGUCUGGAGCCACCCGGCGCUGGCCACCAAGGAGCUGAAUGUCCCCCGGAGGUGACACAGGCACAGCCCCAGGAAGGGGACGAGGCUCCUGCCCUGGAUCUGGGGAAGGACGUUCCUGCGGUCGCAGCGGAGGAAGGGACACUUGAACGGCUCGAGGGGACCAGCAGGUCCUUCCAGCCCCGGGAGCAGCCGGAGGAGGAGCAGCCGCCUGCAAAGCGCUCCCCGAGCAGCCCCCGGCCCUCCCCCGGCAGCGUGCGGGGAGCGGCGGGGCCGAAGCCGCGGGUUGAGCUUUGUCCGCCGGGAUCGCUCGGAAUCCCGGCAGGAAGGGGAGCCUUGCUGCUGCGCCAGGAGGCGAUUGCUCCCCGGGAGGACGGCGGGAUCCCAGAGAGCCCGGACAAGGAGCUGGAAAAGGGGAGCAGCCAGCCCGAGCCCGAGGGGGGCCCUGGAAGGAGCUGGAGCGGGGCCGGGAGCGCGGCGGGCGGGCAGGGAGAGCUCCGUCCUGGGGGAACGCGGGGAGAUUCCAGCUCCAAACCAGGAAUCUGCCCUGGGAAGGGCGGCAGUGAGGGGGAUUCUCAGCGCUCUCCGGGCAUGGAAAAACCACCAGAGCCGCCGAAAGAAGCACCGGAGCAGGCGGAGGGCAGGAGGGCUGAGGUGUGCCCAGGGGAGAGCCGGGAACAGGGAAGGAGUGUCCGAGCAGAAAUCUGCCCCUGGGACACGGAGCAGGAGGGGCGGGGAUCCCCCAAAUCCGGAGAAGGUGUGGAGCAGCCUGGGGUGGGGCUCGCAGGAAAACCCCCAGCUCUGCCCAAACCCUCGGGAACCACGGAGAGCAGAAAGGCCAACAUCUGUCCCUGGGAGGUGGAGGAUGAGCCGCGCCCAAACCCAGAGAUCUGCCCUUGGGAAGAGGCUGCAGCUCCGUCAGGGAAAGAGAAAUCCAGUCUGGACACGCGUGGCACUUCUAAAGGGGAAGAAAAAGUGGGAUCCAAAGCACUGGAAAAAGGAAAGCAGCCCCCGGCCAAAGCCCCCACUGGGAGGUCAGCACUGCCCAAAGCAGCUUCGGGGAAAUCCCAGAGCGCUGAGAGCCUGAAAGCUGAGAUCUGUCCCUGGGAGUCUCAGGAUCUCCAAUCCACUGACAAAGCUGAAAUCUGCCCCUGGGAAGUGGCUGAACCCCAGCUGGAAAAAGGAGCAACCCCAGGUAAGGUGAGACUCCCAGGAAAAGGAGUGACCAAAGCUGUGGAGAAGGGCAGCAGAGAGCGAGAGUCCGUCUGUCCUUGGGAGAGCCUGGACACCGAGCAGCCCCCGGCCAAAGCCCCCACUGGGAGCUCAGCACUGCCCAAAGCAGCUUCAGGGAAAUCCCAGAGCUCAGAGAGCCUGAAAGCCGAGAUCUGUCCCUGGGAGUCUCAGGACUCUAAAUCCAGCGAUAAAUCUGAAAUCUGCCCCUGGGAAGUGGCUGAACCCCAGAUGGAAAAAGGAGCAGCCCCAGGUAAGGUGAGACUCCCAGGAAAAGGAGUGACCAAAGCUGUGGAGAAGGGCAGCAGAGAGCGAGAGUCCGUCUGUCCUUGGGAGAGCCCGGACACCAAGCAGCCCCCGGCCAAAGCCCCCACUGGGAGCUCAGCACUGCCCAAAGCAGCUUCAGGGAAAUCCCAGAGCACUGAGAGCCUGAAGGCCGAGAUCUGUCCCUGGGAAGUGGCUGAGCCUCCCUCCCGGCAGCCAAAGGCCGAGCAGGUCCCUGGUGGGGGCUCCAAGGGUGACGAGCGCAUCACGCGCCAGGCAGCGCUGGCCAGCCCGGAGAGAUCCCUGGACAGCAGAGAGCGAGAGUCCAUCUGUCCUUGGGAGAGCCCGGACACCGAGCAGCCCCCGGCCAAAGCCCCCACUGGGAGCUCAGCACUGCCCAAAGCAGCUCCGGGGAAAUCCCAGAGCUCAGAGAGCCUGAAAGCCGAGAUCUGUCCCUGGGAGUCUCAGGAUCUCCAAUCCAGCGAUAAAUCCGAGAUCUGUCCCUGGGAAGUGGCUGAGCCUCCCUUGGGUAAAGAGAAACCCAAACAGGACAAAGAGGGUCCAUCCAGGCUGAGCAAAAGCCCUUCCACAACUCAAGGUCUCCUGAAGGAAGUGAGAGAUGGCACCUCUGGGAUGAAGGACCGAGAGUCCGUCUGUCCUUGGGAGAGCCCGGACACCGAGCAGCCCCCGGCCAAAGCCCCCACUGGGAGCUCAGCACUGCCCAAAGCAGCUCCGGGGAAAUCCCAGAGCACUGAGAGCCUGAAGGCUGAAAUCUGUCCCUGGGAGUCUCAGGAUCUCCAAUCCACUGACAAAGCUGAAAUCUGUCCUUGGGAAUCUCAGGAUCUCCAAUCCAGUGAUAAAUCCGAGAUCUGUCCUUGGGAAGUGGCUGCACCUCAGAUGGAAAAAGGAGCAACCCCAGGUAAGGUGAGACUCCCAGGAAAAGGAGUGACCAAAGCUGUGGAGAAGGGCAGCAGAGAGCGAGAGUCCGUCUGUCCUUGGGAGAGCCUGGACACCGAGCAGCCCCUGGCCAAAGCCCCCACUGGGAGCUCAGCACUGCCCAGAGCAGCUUCAGGGAAAUCCCAGAGCGCUGAGAGCCUGAAGGCCGAGAUCUGUCCCUGGGAAGUGGCUGAGCCUCCCUCCCGGCAGCCAAAGGCCGAGCAGGUCCCUGGUGGGGGCUCCAAGGGCGACAAGCGCAUCACGCGCCAGGCAGCGCUGGCCAGCCCGGAGAGAUCCCUGGACAGCAGAGAGCGAGAGUCCAUCUGUCCUUGGGAGAGCCCGGACACCGAGCAGCCCCUGGCCAAAGCCCCCACUGGGAGCUCAGCACUGCCCAAAGCAGCUCCAGGGAAAUCCCAGAGCUCCGAGAGCCUGAAAGCCGAGAUCUGUCCCUGGGAGUCUCAGGAUCUCCAAUCCAGCGAUAAAUCCGAGAUCUGUCCCUGGGAAGUGGCUGAGCCUCCCUUGGGUAAAGAGAAACCCAAACAGGACAAAGAGGGUCCAUCCAGGCUGAGCAAAAGCCCUUCCACAACUCAAGGUCUCCUGAAGGAAGUGAGAGAUGGCACCUCUGGAAUGAAGGACCGAGAGUCCGUCUGUCCUUGGGAGAGCCCGGACACCGAGCAGCCCCCGGCCAAAGCCCCCACUGGGAGCUCAGCACUGCCCAAAGCAGCUUCGGGGAAAUCCCAGAGCUCAGAGAGCCUGAAAGCCGAGAUCUGUCCCUGGGAGUCUCAGGACUCUAAAUCCAGCGAUAAAUCUGAAAUCUGCCCCUGGGAAGUGGCUGCACCUCCCUUGGGUAAAGAGAAACCCAAACAGGACAAAGAGGGUCCAUCCAGGCUGAGCAAAAGCCCUUCUGCAACUCAAGGUCUCCUGAAGGAAGUGAGAGAUGGCACCUCUGGGAUGAAGGACCGAGAGUCCGUCUGUCCUUGGGAGAGCCCGGACAAGGGGGAGCUCUCCCUGAAAGCUGCAGUGGGGAAGGAGCCAUCCAAGAAAUCCGACAGCACAGAGAGCAGGAAAUCUGAAAUUUGCCCCUGGGAAGCAGCAGAGCCCAUGGGGUCGGAGGAGGGGAGCUCCCAGCCAGGUGUGCAGCCACAGGGAGCCCACAGAGCUUCCUCCACAGGGAUGGGAAAACCGGGAGCCAGCGCUGUGGCUCCAACAGUUCUGGAAAAAUCCAGGGGCAGAUCCCACGGGGAAGCCGAGCACAAGCCCCUGUGCCGGCUCCUGCCCGGCACCCGGCACCCAGGGGUGGGCAGCAGCUCCAGCCCUGGCACGAGCCUGGCUCAGGUUUGUCCUUGGGAAGCUCCAUCAGCGUCCGCCAAGCCCAGCUGGGACACGAGGAAAAGCUCCGAGGUGUGUCCGUGGGAGGAGGAGAGCACAGAUCCCACCCGGACCUGCUCCGGGGCCAGGGGGAGCCCCCAGGAUGGAGGUGGGGUGUGAGGGAGUCCCAGCACCAGUGGCUCCAUCCAUCCCUCCAUCCAUGCCAGGAGGGAAAGGCUGCAUCUGGAAGCUGCUCCCAGCCCUGCUGUUGGAUUGGGGGGUCUGGGGGUGUGGGGGUGAAGGUGCCGAGUGUGUAAUUUUGUGUAAAUACAGGAAAUAAAUGGAAUUAUCUACGGA